UAUUGAUAAUAAUAAUUACGGUGACAUGCGCAUUUCUACUUGAGGGGCUAAUUUUCCAAGCCCUGAAGAAUUUGUUGAAGAAGGGGAGGAAAAUUGUUUGCAACUCUUUGCUCCUGAUGGUUGCACCAUGUCGAGGCGUAAGCAAGCCAAACCGCAGCACAUCAACUCCGACGAGCCUGCUUCGUUAGGAAAUGGGCUUCUUCAAGGUGAUCAACCUGAAGAAUCUGGAAAUGAAGUGAAGCGGUUCAGGAUGGACGAGACCCGAGUCUGCAACAAGUGCUGUGCAGAAUUCUUCGACGAGGACGAAUUUCUUGAGCAUGAGAAGAUUUGCACUAAAAAUCAGGAGGUGGUCAUCAUGAAGGAUGGAGAUGGCAACGAAGUGUCGGAGGAAUAUUCGCAAGGCUCUCCUGAAGGCCUCGCGAGUGACCACGACGACAGCCAGUCCAGCAGCCAUUCCUUAUCAAACGUCAACGCAGACCACCUGGAGAGAACGGAGGAGUCCAGCAUGAAUGCAGAGGAUCAACAGGAUCAGGCAGAUAUGUCUGGCAGCCCUGAGACUUUCCAUCCCUCACACAAAAUGCACAAUUCAAAUGUCACUCUGGAAGCAAUGGCAGACACUAAAGUGGCUGUCUCCCAACAUUCCUCAAAUGGUGCAUCUCUGGCCUCGUCACAGGAGGCCAUGCAGACCCUCCCCAUGAUCCUGGAACAGCUGGUGUGCCUCCAACAACAGCAGCUUCAACAAAUCCAGCUCACUGAACAGAUUCGAAUCCAAGUAGCCAUGAUGACUCCACAGAGUCUGCAGGCAUCAGUAGGGGCAGUAAUGGAUCCUCUGAAAGCCCUCGGUGCACACCUUUCUCAACAGCUGUCCAGUGCAGCAGCUCUGAUUGGAAAAAGGACGGGCAGUCAGAGUCUUUCUCUUGAAACGAUGAAGCAAGGUCAGCUACCUCUGCCUACUGGCAUCCCUACCUCUCUGCCUGGAGGGCUGGGUUCAGUUUCCUCUAAAACAGACAUUUUGAAGGGCAUCCCAGAUCUGGUUAGCCGUCUUCCUGCACUUCUGCCUCAGUCACCAGGCGUCAUGGGUUUCCCUGGCACCUUCAAUGGCAUCCAAGCAGGGAUGGAGCCCUCCAAAAAGGUGAAGACUAAAAUGCUGAGCAUCCCUGUAGAGCCAAAGAUUGGUGAGUCAUUAUACAAGCACAAGUGCAAGUACUGCGGAAAGACCUUUGGGAACGACAGUGCUCUCCAGAUUCACCUGCGUUCUCACACCGGUGAACGGCCCUUUAAGUGUAAUAUUUGUGGGAACCGCUUCACAACCAAAGGAAACCUCAAAGUGCAUUUCCAGAGGCAUAGAGACAAGUAUCCUAACAUCGGCAUGAACCCGCAUCCUGUGCCAGAGCACCUUGAUAACAUCCCCACCAGCAGUGGCAUCCCCUUUGGCAUGUCUGUUCCCAUGGAUGAGUCAAACAUAACUGAAAUGAAGCCUAUAAUUGGUCAUCCUGCUGCAGGGUUCCACCCAUCAUCCAUUCCUGGGUUGAAAACUUCCUUUGAGGGCUUUUCAGGGGACCCAUUUUCCCAAAGACCUUCCCCUUCAGCAAGCGAUGGCUCCCCCUCUGUUUCCUCUCAUAUGUUUAGUCAAGAGAUGGAUCCCAUUCCGAAGGAUGCUAAAGAACUUCUUGGUGCAUUGCAUCACAUGAAUGGUAGUGCACACCCAGGAGAACAAAGCUCUGGAACCGCAAAACUUCAGCAGAUGGUUGACGGUCUGGAUAAACGAACCAGCGACCCCAACGAGUGUGUCAUCUGCCACAGGGUGCUCAGCUGCCAAAGUUCACUGAAAAUGCAUUACCGCACACACACAGGAGAGAGGCCGUACAAGUGCAAAAUCUGUGGCCGCGCAUUCUCCACCAAAGGUAACCUCAAGGCCCAUUACGGAGUGCACAGGGCGAACACCCCCCUUAAAAUGCAGCACUCUUGUCCCAUCUGCCAGAAGAAGUUUACCAACGCUGUGGUUCUGCAGCAGCACAUUCGGAUGCACAUGGGUGGACAGAUCCCAAACACCCCGAUGCCAGAGAACCAGUUUGAGGCAACAGAAGCAAUGGAGUCUUCUCUCCCAGAGGAAACGCCACUAGAGACCAACGGAUUCAACACUAGCAUGGAAGAUCACGAGCCAGAGAUGACCUCUGAGAAACCAAAUGACAACCUCUUAGAUUCCCUUCCACCUGCCUCCGAGGAACAACAGAAGCAUAUCGCCCCUGCUGUCUUCGCCAGCCUAGAUGUUUUGAAGAAUCUCACCUCUGCUCUCGCACUGAAACGACAGAGUAGCACAGCUUCGGAGAGCGAGGGAACCGCCAAAGAAUCCCCCUCAGCUCCCAGGGAGCAGGAGUAUCAGAAUGGCCGCAGUCCUGCAGUAUCUGACUCUGCCAUGUCCUUUAACUCCUCCUCCCCUGUAAACACUCAUAUGAGUAGCUCCAAGUCUCCUGAGUCGGCUGCUGAGGAGUUUGCCCGUAGUGUGUCAAAAUCAGAGUCUGAUUUUGGUCUUCAAGGUGAAUCAAGUGGAGCCCUCGACCUCACGGCCUCCAGCAGCUUCACCCCCAAAGCCAUCAAAGAAGAACCUGGGCUUCCAUACACAAACGGAGACUAUGUUCCAAGUAACAUGUCCUUCAUGAGGAUACCAUCAAGUCUUGCCAGUCUGGAGAUGAAAAUCCCUCCUGAGAAUCCUUUGGGCCCUCAUGGUUUGUUUAGCUCCCACAUGCCUCAGGGAACAGCCAUGUCCUCCAUCUCCUCAGCACCAAGACGAUCAGCCAAACAGCACGUGUGUAAUAAUUGCGGCAAGAACUUCUCUUCUGCCAGUGCCUUGCAGAUCCAUGAGCGCACUCACACCGGGGAGAAGCCUUUUGCCUGCAACAUCUGCGGCAGAGCGUUCACCACCAAGGGAAAUCUAAAGGUACAUAUCGGCACUCAUAUGUGGAACAACGCCUCCCGGCGUGGCCAGCGUCUGAGUUUGGAUAACCCCAUGGCGCUGAUGGCAAUGAGCUCCGAGGCUAAGAUGUUGCCAGAAAUGAUGCAGGCACCCAAAGAACUGGCUCCUCCACAAAUGAGCUUUGACCCCUCUAUGUGGAACCAGUAUGCUGCUGCCUUCAGUGGUGGCCUGGCCAUGAAGACCAAUGAGAUUUCUGUCAUCCAGGGCGGUGGCAUCCCGCUCCCUGGGAGCCCUGCCGGAGGGCCCCUUAUUGGCUCCACUGGCGGCCUCAUGAAGAUGGAUGGAUCUCAUUCCGGCCUGCCCGCUUCCAUGGCUGAAAUUGAGAAAAACAGCUCAGACAGUGUGCCGAAAUCCCAGUUCCCACAUUUCAUGGAAGAGGGUAAAAUUGCAGUUAAUUAGGCCAUUUAGCCUUCAGUCAAUUUAUCGCCUGAACUCCGCUUUUGAAUGUCUCCUUUUGACUGAGGUACAAUCAGAGAAAACCUUGUAGAGUUCUCCUUUAGAUUGUUUGUUUUUUCUUCAUUGCAGCUCCCUUCUUCUGGUCUGAUUCCCAAGUGUUAUUUUUUUUUUAGUUGAACAUGAUAUAACUACUGUAGUUGUAUUUUAUUUUAUAUAAAUAUAUAUGCGGGUAUCUUUUUUUUUUUUUUUCUGUGACCUUUUUCAUGUUUGCUGUCUACUCAGAAGUUUGAAUGUAUAACUUACUUGAAACUGCUUUAUUCCUGACUCUCUCUCCUUGAUACUUUUGAAGGAUUUGGACUCUGAUAGGAAAGAUUCAGGGCGUGAAUUUUUACAGACACCUUGUCUCAGCGUUCAGAAAUAAUGGUGGAGUUAACUGUAUGUAUCUAUGACUACUUCCCCCUCCCAUUGUGUGCCAUAGAUUUUAUGUGACAUUGUACAUUUUUGUAGAAGUUGAUGACAUUUGCAUGUCUCAUUUAAAGGGGCUUUUGAUUAGGCUAGUAGAUUAUUCCGUGUCUUGUCUGUUGAACAGUUCAGUAAUCAGUUUCACAUAAAAUAGAUGGUCAAACAUCUGUGUUUCACUGGUGCUAAGUCACAAAAGCUAAUCGUUUGAAUAUUUUGCCAAGUGCCUAACUCCAAACAUACCUGCUGCAGGUGUCUGUCCCUGCACCGAGAGGUUAAGAAGGCUCUGUUCAACCGAUUGAAUAGCGAGUUUUACCAUGAAGCAUAUUUUCAUCUGUUUACAAAGUCACCAGAUUCCAUUUGUAAAUCUGUAGAGUCAAACUGGCUGAGGUGUGAAGUUUAGUAUAUUUAGUAUAUACUUUAUGCUCUCAUGCCUGCACUUUAUUUCAGGUUGAAAAUGCAUAUGCAUUUUAUGAUUACAUUUCACUGCUUUUUAUCAUAAUGGCUAAACAAGGAAAGAGCAAAUCAACAACUUUGUUUACUUUUCCUCCCUGUUCAGAUUUUUUGAAACACCCACAUUGCUUGUCAGUCUUUUGUCUAGGAUAUUGUAUCAACUUGUAGCAUCAUUAAUUUAUUUAUAAUUCAUAAAUCGCUUGAGUUUAGGGGGUAAGUUCUACCUCGUUUAGAUUUUAGUCGUCCUCCACGUCCCCCUAUGCUCAAUGCAACGCUCUGUAUAUUUUUCUGAUACAUUCUUGCGUACGUGAUAGGAUUUUUCCUUCUCAACCUGCUGAGUGGAACAGUAAUGAAUGUAUCACUGGACACUUUACACAACUCAGAAUGGUCGGAGUACUUUGAAGGCCCCCUGCUGUACAUUCCUUAUCGAUAUGCAUUUGCCAAGUUGUGCCUUUCUUUAGCAAACCAUGUCAAACUGCUUUCAAGUUGUCUCUACAAUUCAAGUAAUGUUGAGCCGAUUUGGCCUGUUUACAGUGUAAAUGUUUUUUUUGUUUUUCAAAUGUUUCCUUCACCUAAAUGUUUUCUGAUUUUGAAGAAUAAAAUCAGGGUGAGUUUUUCAAUA